AUGUACAAUCUGCCUAUUGGCCUCUUUAUUGGCUGGGCUAUUUAUAAUCUAGCUUGGCAUCGACUGGAUUUUGGAUACUUUAAUGCGUUUUACUCCAUUGUUUUUCAAUGGACAGUCAUUUUUGGCUCUGGAUUGGCGUUUGCUGUUAGUCCGGUAAGUUGAUAACUUUUUAAUUGAAAAUUAUUUUUGUGGUAUAAAUUUAAUGUAAAAAUUUAAUUAUAGGUAUUUCGUUGUGCUACAAUUUGCGUUUGUUUGGGCGGUUUAUCUAAGUCCGGUCAAGGUCUGUUGACCCUAUAUGUGGUAGAGCAAAUUCAACAAGGGCCGGUGGAUAACAUUUUGUACAACAUAGAGCUGACUGCGAACAUUAUAGUAUGUCAUUUGGAGCUUCAAGGUCAAUUGGUGAAACAAAAAAUGAGUUUAAUGACAGGACCAGUUGAGGCGCUAUUUGAAAAACAUUUUGGUAGGCUUCUGGUUUGAUUUAUAUUCGGUUUAUUAUAAUUAAAAUUUAUCGAAAUUGUAAUUUUAUUGUCUUCUUAAAAUGUUUUAAAAUUAAUAAAAAUUUUUCAUAUGGUUUUUGAAGCUUUAAAAACUAAGAAAUUAGUUUGAAUUAUUUAAGGUACCGGAGUAUCAGUAGGAAAGAAGACCGUAGCUAUGCUGAAAAGUUUAAUAGAACCCUUCAACGAUCAACUAGGAAUAGAAAACGACGAAGAUAAGGAGUUGGCCAAUGUUUUGGACGGACAGAAAGCUAUGGCAGAAAGAGACAGGAUUCUCAAUGAAGAAUCAACAACAACCGAAGAAACGGCUACAACUGUUACAACCGAAUCAAAUUUUAAAUCGAAACCGUCUUUGGGAAAGUUGAAUUCAAACAGAAUGGAACAACGAUGCGAAGCUACUUAUGCUAUGGCUGCUCGACAGUGCAAAGAUCGGUUUAGUGAUGCACAAGUGGGUUUUUGGCAUGUUAUUGAGGUUUGAUUUAAAUAGGACAAACGCUACUGAUAGGAGGAGAAUUAACGAUUGUUAAAAAUUUUUGCAAUCGUUUUUAUGUUUUAAAACUUUAUAAUUUAGGCCAAGUGCUAUGACUCACUACCGUUGAUUGGAUUGAUUGUUUGUUGGCAGUUUAAUUCUGAUGAUUUUUGUAAAGUAAGUUUUUUUGAUAUGGGCCUUAUACAUGGUUGUGAUCUCGAUUUUGUAAAAGCAAUGCAUUGCAAUGUUUUUGGUAAAUUGUUUUUGUCAUUCUUAAAAUGUUUAUUAAUUAUCAAUGUUUCAGCCUAGUAAAAUGGAGGAAGUUGCUAGAAAAACGUGUGCAAAAUUUACAAAAAGCAACAAAACGGAUGCCGAUAUGAAUGACAAAAUGCAGAAUUUGAAUGAGUUGAAAGAACAGUUGGACAAUGAGCUUAAAGUUAAUGUAAGGCGAUGUUGUUAUGAGAAGCAUAAUUUUUGGUUUAAUUUUUAAAAUUUUGUGUAAAUUUUACAUUUAAUAUUAAAAUUUGUUAUUUCAGCUUCAUUUCAAAGUUAUAGAACAACCACGAGAUGAGCGUAUUCGUAUGCUGGCUGAAAUCAUGGCUACUUUAAGAUCAGAUCUGGAUCUUAUAAGAGUAAUAUCAAAGUCGACUAAUGAACUUUUGUCGGCGUUUUUAAUAUUUUUGGUAUACAUGAUAUUCAAAGGCGCUGUCAACAUGAUACGGUCAUAUCUUACCGACAUCAAUUUCAAAAACAUCUUCUUGUCACAAUAUUUUUGGAGAAUUGAUUAUAAGAGAAUGUUGAUGGGACAGAUAUAUCUUGGCAAAGUCAAAAGGUCUGAGAAGAAGGUUUAUCAUUUGAAACACAUGUUUGGGUACGGUAUUUUUGUUAUAUUUUUUGUUUGUUGUCAAUGGAUUUAGGGACGGGCAUUUUUAGUUGAAUGUUUUAUUUUAAGGUUUACAUGGGUUUUAGGUUGCCAACAUCAGCUGAACUUUACAAAACUUGGAAAGCGUUACUACAAUUUGUUUUAUUAUUGUUUUUGGUUGGAUGCAUUGUGGCAUUUGAUCAUGUCUUGUACAGGAUUUUAUCAAUUGUAAGGGAUAUUUGUUAAUCCUCCUACAAUUUUAAAAUUUUUAUUAUUUUAAAAUUUAAAUUUUUAGAUAACCGAAUUUUUGACGGCCGAAGCGGAGCAAACUGGACGUCAUGUUGUGGAUGUUCAAGUGGUCGGAAACGGUUCAAUAGCUGAAAUGGUGAGAAGCAUCAUACAAUUUAACUACACUGACACACAACAACGAGAACUAAGUAAUAAAGUGUGUAUGGUAUCUCCAAAACAAUUGGAUCAACGUCAGUUUGUGUACAACAUUUUGUUACCAUUAGUUGUGAUGUUCGCACUUCAAGUACUACUCAACUACAUUGUGACAAGAUUGGUACUGUUUUAUGUCAUUGGUUUCAUAUUCAGAAGCCGGUCGAAACAAAGGACAGUUUAUUUGUAUAAUAAAGUUUUGGCAAGAAGACUAAAUGACAGGCGUCUGGCAAUAGCAAGAGUCAAAUACUUGGUUGUGGAGGAUGAAUUGGAUCCUGUGGUGGUUAAAGAGUAGGUUUUAAAAGUAAUAUAGAUCGUAAAAACUUUAAUAUUUAACUACAUUCUAAGGGGGCGUUUUAAACUUUCCUUUUUAGACCAAAAAAUCGGAUAUCACGCUUUUUCUAUCAAUUCAAACAGCUCAAAUGUGUUUUAUGUUUAACAAAACAUCGUAUAUCAAGCAUGGGUUUUUGUGAAGAUUGCAAAACUUAUUACUGUACGGAAUGCAUGGAGAUUCUGGAAGAUUCUUGUUUGGUUUGUGACACCAGGUCUAAUAUGAAAUAA